CAAAACGAACCACAAUUCGGUACCCAAUCGCUCACGCCCUUUAGGCUUCCAUCUCUGAUCCAUUUUUGCAUUUUUUUCCUUGUCCGUCUCUCACUAUUCUCUCCAGCAGUUUCAGUCUCUACGAAACGAAGAGGGAAGACCUGAGAAAGUUAUCUCUCUCUAGAGGGCACGAUAUUGUGCAUUUGUGCUGCUCAUAUUUGAUUCUCUUCUUUAAGAAUGUCAACUUUGAGAUCCCCGUGUGAUCUUUUAGAAGAUGUAAAGGAAGCAGAGGUGGUUCCUGCGCUUUAUUUUACUCUUUCAGUCGGAGAUAGUGAGAAAGAACUUGGAGAUUCAUCGGAAAAAGAGGUGAAAUCGCCUGAUUUUUUUAUCGUUCUUAAACACGAAGGACAGUGCAUCGUGACGCCUAUCGAAGAACAACCUUCGGAGACUACCACGGAGAAAGGAGCUGACGACGCGAGUGAGAAAUCUUUUGAUUUUAUCAUGUUUGAGAAGUCUAAAUUUACCGAGAAAUCCCUGUGUUCACAAAAUGAAGAGGAAGAAGCUCUUGAAUCUCCUGAGGAAGCUUCGCAAACUGAAAAUGUAAAAUGGACGGAUAAUGGAAAGACAUCUCUAGAAUCAAACCAGCGAGAGAGUCCAAAAAUAUCAACAGAGAUAUUUCAAGACACAGUCGGAAAAGAAGAGUCAUCCAAAUCGGAGGAAGAAAAUGAAUCGACUGACAAACUUGAUAAGCCGAUGAAGACGUUAAGAGUGCAGAGCAACGAGAACAUCUCCAAAUCCAAUAAUGCAAACGUGGCGCAGAUGUCACUGAAACCGUCUCCUAGUGUAGGUUCGAGUCUCGAGAACUUGGAACUCGACAGUUUAUUGCCUGCGGUCAGAUCCGUCGAUAGUCCUCUAGGGAGUACGGAAAACGGUGCGAUGUUGGAAGAAGCGUGGGAGGGACUACAAAAAUCUUACGUAUAUUACAAAGGCAAGCCUGUCGGUACGCUCGCUGCUAUGGAUCCUAUCGCCGAGGCUUUGAAUUACAAUCAGGUUUUCAUAAGAGACUUCGUUCCCAGUGGCUUAGCCUGUCUAAUGAGACCUGCCAAUGCUGGUGGCGAUCCAGAGAUAGUAAAGAACUUUCUGUUAAAGACUCUCCACCUUCAAGGUUGGGAGAAAAGAAUUGACAAUUUUACACUUGGGGAAGGUGUCAUGCCUGCAAGUUUUAAAGUACUUUACGAUUCGCAUAGGCAGAAGGAAACCUUGGUUGCAGAUUUCGGUGGUAGUGCAAUAGGAAGAGUUGCACCUGUUGACUCUGGGUUCUGGUGGAUCAUAUUGCUAAGGUCGUAUACCAAAUGCACGCAUGAUUAUACUCUCUCAGAACUACCUGAGGUGCAGAAAGGAAUGAAGCUGAUACUUAAUCUUUGCCUUUCAGAUGGUUUUGACACUUUUCCUACACUUCUGUGUGCAGAUGGGUGUAGCAUGAUUGAUAGGAGGAUGGGAAUUUAUGGGUACCCCAUUGAGAUUCAAGCACUUUUCUAUUUUGCACUGAGGUCUUCUAGGCAGAUGCUAAAACCAGAGCGAGAUGGCAAGGAACUAAUUGAGCGUAUCGAUAAGCGCAUCAGAGCUCUCAGUUUUCACAUCCAAAAAUACUACUGGCUUGAUUUCACACAGUUAAACAACAUAUAUCGCUACAAAACUGAGGAGUAUUCCCACACUGCUGUCAACAAAUUUAAUGUCAUCCCAGAGUCUAUUCCUGAUUGGGUGUUCGAUUUUAUGCCCUUACGUGGGGGAUAUCUGAUUGGUAACGUCAGCCCAGCUCGAAUGGAUUUCCGCUGGUUUCUGGUUGGAAACUGCAUUGCAAUCUUGAGUUCACUAGCUACACCUGCACAAGCAACAGCAAUUAUGGAUUUGAUUGAGGAGCGCUGGGAGGACUUAAUAGGAGAGAUGCCUUUGAAGAUAGUUUAUCCAGCUUUGGAGGGUCAUGAAUGGAGAACUGUCACUGGGUUUGAUCCAAAGAACACACGGUGGAGUUACCACAAUGGUGGAUCAUGGCCAGUUCUGAUAUGGCUACUCACAGCAGCGUGUAUCAAGACUGGAAGGCCUCAAAUUGCAAAACGAGCCAUAGAGCUGAUUGAACAACGCCUUUCUAAAGACGGCUGGCCUGAGUACUAUGAUGGCAAGACCGGGCGUUAUGUUGGGAAGCAAGCAAGGAAAUAUCAAACAUGGAGCAUCUCUGGCUACUUGGUCGCUAAGAUGUUGAUUGAGAACCCAGCCAAUCUCCCCAUCAUCUCUCUUGAAGAAGACAAAAGGAUUGCCAAGCCAAAGCUCACCCGCUCUAUCUCAUUCUAGAAAACAACUGCAUCUGACAGACAGGGAUUUUCAUUUUAUUGCACACAUAUAAUUCUUUUUGCAACUGGGAUGGUUCGAAAAUAUCCAAAAAUCCAAAAUGCUCAUAUUGACACUGUUUUAGUUGUAUAGUUAAAGCGAGCAAUAGAUUGUCAAAAGUCAAAACCAGAACCAAGUAGCCCUUCUCCGUGAGUACAUAACAGUAAACUACUACAGGUUGUAAGAAAAGAAAUAAUACCUAGGGCCCAAAACCAUUGGAUAAGAAAAAAUGUAGCAGAUAAAUUGGAUAGAAAACAAUGGCCCGGCCCCCAGUGCGCCGCUCUUUCUCUCUUCAGACGCUUAACCGCCAAGGAAAAGAACCACUAAGGCAAAUACGAAGAAAGAAAAGUCUUAUCACUGCAGAUUCAUAUCAUGCGACAAGCUAGAUCGUAUGGCUACCUGGGUGGGCGCCAGCAUGGCCUCUGCAUUUUUUGCCUCAUUGGAGCGGUGCUCCUGUAUAAACCUCAGCACCACCGAUUUCGAUGACGAAAAGGAAGCCAAGGACCGCCCUCUCAUGUUCAUCAAGCCCGUGGUCCACGAUGAACCCCAAUCCCAACCAGACCCAGCCGCCGCGAACCGCCCCACCGCCGGCAAUCUCAACGUUUGAUUGUCUUGUCUUCUAGGUGUCGUCUAUUUAGCUCGUGGAUCAAUGGUUGUCGGAGGCAUCGAUCACACUAUCAAUCGUAGCACUUGGUAUAAUUAGAUCUAUUUAUUUUGAUUAUGGCAUGUAUAGGACCCUGACUUUAAAAUUUUGUGUCUUUGUUAAUUGGCCAAAUGUGUUGGCGUGCUUUAGCAUUUUGAUUCAUUUUGUACAAGGUCAUGGAAAUGGCUAAAGUUGAAAGUUGUUAUAUGAAAACAAGAAGUUGUUUCAUGAAUGGGUAAUUUGUUGGUUGUUUUAGUAAAUAUGAAA